CCUUUGCAGGCUACCACUGAUUGAAGUGAAUUCAAAUGGAGAAGCAUCUCAUAUACAUGGUUCUGCAAAUUUCGAAUCAGCCUGCGGCCCAGAAAAUGUGAUGCUUGUAUCGGACGAAGGCAACGACGAUGUUACUUCUUUCACCCUUACCCACGAAAUAUCACAUACCAAUUCAGCAGCUAAGUGCUUGUUCGAAGACACGAGUGAUCCACAACUUGAUGUCACAAGGGCUACCAGGUGCGGCAAAUUCCUGCCAGCGGGCGAGGAGCUGCUACGAACUGAGACACAGCCACCGUGCUCGUAUCGUUGCUUCACUGGCCCCAAGUCUUACUUUGUGCUGCCAGAACGAGACGGUAAACCCUGUGACAAGUCUAAUCUAUCUCAGGUGUGCAACACGGGAAACUGCAUAUCAGAUAAUAAAUAACCGCCGUGUUAUGACGUAUAUAGGUA